AAUUGCACAUAAACGACCCCUUCUCUCUUCGAAUAAACAUUCUCAGCGACGGCAUCUCUCUCUCUCUCUCAAUCUCCGGCUUAUAUUGGGAAGUUAACGCCCUCCUCCGCGACGUAUCUCAGAUCCGUCUCAGGCUAGUUUCGAUCUCGAGGUUUUCAAUGGCUCCGGUCUCGGCGCUCGCCAAGUAUAAGCUGGUGUUUCUGGGAGAUCAAUCCGUCGGGAAGACGAGCAUCAUCACUCGAUUCAUGUACGACAAGUUCGACAACACUUAUCAGGCCACAAUUGGUAUUGAUUUUCUGUCAAAGACUAUGUACCUUGAAGAUCGAACUGUCAGACUGCAGUUGUGGGAUACAGCUGGGCAAGAGAGGUUUAGGAGUCUUAUUCCGAGCUAUAUCAGGGACUCUUCUGUUGCUGUUAUUGUCUAUGAUGUUGCAAGCAGGCAAUCGUUUCUAAACACUGCUAAGUGGAUAGAUGAGGUUAGGACAGAGCGUGGUAGUGAUGUCAUAGUUGUGCUCGUGGGAAAUAAAACCGACCUUGUAGACAAAAGGCAAGUGUCAAUAGAGGAAGCAGAAGCCAAGGCUCGUGAGCUUAAUGUAAUGUUCAUCGAAACCAGUGCCAAAGCUGGCUUCAACAUAAAGGCUCUUUUCCGCAAGAUAGCAGCAGCUUUACCCGGAAUGGAAACACUGUCUUCAACAAAGCAAGAGGAUAUGGUUGAUGUGAAUCUCAAGUCUUCCAAUGCCAAUGCAUCUUCGGCUCAGCAGCAAUCAGGAGGAUGCUCUUGUUAAAAAAAAAUUUGGCAACAAACAUUAUAGAGAACAAAAGAACAUACUCGAAAAAAGCCCUCGCACGAUCUUGAUCUGCUAUUACCUUCUUCUUUGUGUAAAAUUUUUGCCUUCUUCUUCAUCAGAUUGUUUUUAAAGAGAGUCUCCUUGCUUUAGUUUAUUGGUUUGUCCCUAACUCUAAAUUGUUGUUGUCUUUUGGAGUUUUAAAGGCUAUUCAGUACUUUUUUAAAUAUUGUGAUUUAUCUGU